GGAGCGUAUGGCUGAAACACUUCCAUCUUUGACCGUGCCGACAGUUGUCUUCCCAAAAUAGCCCACGCUCACACGGCCUUAUAUGUGCAGGCCUCCAGCAUGUGCCUGAGAAGGCAUCAUGUAUCUAGGCCACACAAUACAGGCUGCAGGCUCAUUGUUGCUGCCUACCAGUCGGCCUGUCUACCCGAGGCCCCUCUGUGUGUCCCUGGACGGCUCACCAUGCACCUCACCCAGCUCAACAACGAGUGUCUCCUCCACCUUUUCUCCUUCCUGGACAAGGACAAUCGCAGGAGCUUGUCCCUCACCUGUCACCAGCUGCGCCAGAUCUUCGUGGACCCCUGCCUCUGGAGUCUGCUCCACUUCAGCUCGCCGUGUCAGCUGACGAGGGACAACUUUGUGCUGGGACCCUCGCUGCGGUAUUUGUCUAUUUGCUGGUUCUCCAGCAGAGUGCAAGUGUGUAACAUCGAGGACUGGCUGAAGAGUUCGUUUCAGAGGGACAUCUGCAGCAAACACGAGCGCCUGGUCAGCGCUUUCCUGGCCCAUGUCUGCUACAUGUGUCCCAACCUGCUGGAGCUGACCCUCUCCGGCUGCGGCCACAUCACCGACUGGGAUGUGGUCACCUUGCUGCAGAGCUGCAGGAGGCUGCGCCGCCUCCACCUGGAGAACUGCGUCCGCAUCACCAACCGCAGCCUGGUAGGCGUGGUGGAUCACGGAGACGGUCUGGAGGAGGUGAAGGUGGACUUUUGCCGGAACAUCACUCAGGCGGGGCUGCAGGCUGCCAGGGAGAGGAGGCCAGGCGUCCAGCUGACGGCAGAGAGAAGCGCCGACAUGAUCCCUGACAGCAAGCCCCAGGAGAAGGUGCUGCUGAGGAGGGCGCUACAGAAAGUCCUGCUGUUCUCCUGAGGGAAGAGCCUCAGCUGCUCUCAGAUGGACUGCAAGGGAAAGCAAUUCUGUGACAAUAUUUAAGGACUUGAUUGUGUGAUUUGUUUUGCUUUGAAUGGUUUUUAUAGUUUUGACAUCUUGUUGAUGCAACACACUUUAUGUUGAACAUGAAUGUUCCUUACAAAAACAUUUUAUGUAAGCUGCUUCUAUUCCAUGUUAAUCAAAACACUCACACACAGUCACACACACACACACACACACACACACACACACACACACACACACACACACACACACACACACAUGUCUACAUGACUUCAGAGGGCAUUCCAUUGACUUAUAUGGAUUUUCUGGAGACUUGCCCUAAUCUUAACCAUAGCUACUACUUGCCUAACCCUAACCCCUAUUGUUUUACCUCAAAAAUAAUGAUUUAUGUAUGGGGAAUUGAUUUUUGUCCCCAUAAUCUGACAAUGUAAACAGAUUUAGGUCCCCACUACAUGAACACACACACACACACAUGUUUUAUGUACACAUGAGUCCGAAAUCAAUGAAUUUUGAAAGAGGCGCAUUCAUACAACAUAAUCUGUCAUUACUAUACUUGACUCUCCAGAUGUGAGUGUGGUGUCAGUCAUCUCAACAUUUUAAUUAAAAUAUAACCUCCCCUGAGGGCGAGAUCACACACCUUCAUGUUUCAAGUCAUGUGGUUACUCGGUCAUGGUGAGACAUGUUGAGAGGAGACGUUCUAUCGGGGCAGAGAGGCCCCGUGCAUGAGCCCUGAUUGGAAUCAGAUUACAUAAGACUGUGAGACAUAUGAAAGUAGGUUGAUUGGGGCAGUGCGUCUCCCCCUGUGAAUGCCAUGUGACACUUUUAUUGCAGACUGUUGCUGUGGAGCUCGCCACAUCCUGUGAUGUCUAAAGAAUUACCAUAUCUUCUCACAGAAGGUCAAUGUAAUCAGGAAUAAGCUAUUUUCCCGAUCCGACCAGGACCUGGGCUUUUAUACUAAUACUGUAUGAGGCAGCUUUUCAGUUCCCUGUUGUUGUUCCGGAAAGGUCACAAUACUGUGUUUAUGACUACUUUCUGUUUUUUUUUUAUUUGUGUUUAUUUUGAAUUUUACUUAUUUAUUAUCCGGUAAAUCCAAUUUUUCCAAUUUUGUGAUGGACAAUAAAGUUUUUAUGGCUGUAAAAUUGAAUCUCAAGAAUGAUAAACCCUCUAGAAAUUA